AUUUUGGGCUGCGGGCUCCACUGGAUCAGUAAGAAGUCAGUGACAGCAUGGACUCACGCUGCUUGCAAAGUAAAGAGCGACAAACUCCAAAGAGAGGCAACUUUUAUCUGGAGAGGAGACCUCGGCCUAACGCUAACCUUGAUACUAAACAGGGUUUAUAAAGAUUUUAAUAUCGAUAUCACAGACUUUCGACAGCGUCGUGACUUUGUUUUUACUCAGGUCAGAAAGUGGUAUCCUUUUAUGGGCUCGCGACUCAACGAAAAUGAACUCACUAGACAGGUGCGUUGGCAGGUUAAUUAAUAGCUACGUUUAGUUUUGAGUUAAUGGGGUUGUCUGUUUGAUAUUGGUGCUUUUAGUUGAUAUAAUGGAGGAGAAAAAUGUUUUGGCGUGUGGAAGCAGCGAAAGUCAGUCGUCGUCAGGUUCAAACACCUUGUCCGAGGGAGAAGAAAUAACGGCUUUGCUGGACGUCAACGUUUCUGGAGAUGGUGAUGAUGGUCACAACUCGGACUUUGAAAGUGUCAACGAAAUAGAGGAAGAAACAAAUACAGAGUACGACAAGGAGACACCGGGGGAUGAAGAAAGUGAUGAAGAAGACGAAGACGAAAAGUUGGACAACAUCCUCUACCCUCCCUGCACAUCCCUUAGGAAGUCCAGUAACCCCGAGUUGACUCAUGGAUUAAGUCCUGCUCUCAAAUUUAGGCGACAUCUCAGUGAGGAUGGAAAACACGUUCGAAGAAGGAGCCUAGGCGGUGGUCUCACAGGAAAGUACCUUCUACUACCCACCAACCCCCAGCAGACACAGGCAGCAUGGCAGCCGUCAGCUGAGAUCUCUAACUUGGUCCGUAUGUGUUCUCUGAACCUUGGAAAGUCGGACCCCUCCCUCACCUCUAGCCUGAAAGAGCUGAGUCUUCCCAGAAGAGGCAGUUUCCUCACUCCCCGAAGCUUGAGUCCCACUCCCACUAGCCCCUGCAGUCCGUGCAGCCCGCUGCACGCUUUUCAUUUUUGGAGCUGCAGAACAAGCAACAGAAAAAGCCUGAUAGGAAGCGGUCAGUCUUCAGGUUUACCGAGACCUCACUCCCCUCUCUCAUCUCUUACAGGAACGAGCCCACAAGACAGUCCUAGAAAUUUCUCUCCUAGUGCCUCUGCUCAUUUCUCCUUUGCACGAAGUCAUUGCCACAGAGCAGACAGGACUGAUGGUCGCCGCUGGUCGUUGGCUUCCCUUCCCUCCUCUGGAUAUGGAACCAACACACCCAGCUCCACCGUCUCUUCAUCCUGUUCAUCACAGGAGAAGCUGCACCAGCUGCCUUUCCAGCCUACGCCAGAUGAACUGCACUUCCUCUCCAAGCACUUCUGCACUGAGAGUAUCUCCGGGGAUGAAUGCCGCAGAGCGGCGGCCAUGCGACCCCGCUCACGCAGUCUCAGCCCUGGAAGAUCUCCAUCAUGUUACGACCAUGAGAUUAUUAUGAUGAAUCACGUCUACAAGGAGCGGUUUCCUAAGGCCACAGCUCAGAUGGAGGAAAGGAUUCAGGAGAUCAUCCGCAGCAACUCUCCAGAGAGCGUCCUCCCUUUGGCAGAUGGUGUGCUCGGCUUUGCCCACCACCAGAUAAUUGAACUGGCUCGUGACUGUCUGGAGAAGAGCCGGCUAGGACUCAUCACCUCCAGCUACUUCUGCGAGCUCACUGACAAGCUGGAGAGGCUUGUUCAGGAGUCCACAGAGAGAUCAGACAGCGAGGAGGUGAACUUCAUCAGAGAGCUGGUGAAGAAGAUCCUCAUAAUCAUAGCCCGACCUGCUCGACUGCUGGAAUGUCUGGAGUUUGACCCAGAGGAAUUUUACCACCUUUUGGAGGCCGCUGAAGGACAUGCUAAAGAGGGUCAGGGCAUCAAAACGGACAUCCCUCGUUACAUCAUCAGCCAGCUGGGACUCACAAGAGAUCCUCUGGAAGAUUAUCUUGGAGUCAGCACCUCAAACCUAAUAGAAAUUGCUCAGCUGACCAGCUGUGACAGCGGGAUUGCAGAAACACCAGAAACAGAUGACUCUUCUCAGAGCCUCAGCACAUCCUUGCGGUCCCGGCGUAAACCCUGUGAAUUGGACUUUGAGAUGACAAAACUCAUCAGCAAUGGUGCCUAUGGAGCUGUUUAUCUGGUUCGGCACAAAGAAACAAAGCAGCGGUUUGCCAUGAAAAAGAUCAACAAGCAGAACUUGAUUUUGAGGAAUCAGAUUCAACAGGCUUUUGUGGAGAGAGACAUCCUUACCUUUGCUGAGAACCCUUUUGUGGUGUCCAUGUACUGCUCCUUUGAGACACGGCGGCACCUGUGCAUGGUGAUGGAAUAUGUCGAAGGUGGAGACUGUGCCACCCUUUUGAAGAACAUGGGUCCCCUGCCUGUGGAUAUGGCCAGGAUGUACUUUGCAGAGACAGUAUUGGCUCUGGAGUAUCUCCACAACUAUGGCAUCGUCCACAGGGACCUAAAACCAGACAAUUUGCUGGUUACGUCAAUGGGACACAUUAAGCUGACAGAUUUUGGGUUGUCCAAAGUUGGGCUGAUGAACAUGACCACUAACCUGUAUGAGGGACAUAUAGAGAAAGAUGCCAGGGAGUUCUCUGAUAAGCAGGUGUGUGGAACCCCAGAGUAUAUUGCACCAGAGGUGAUCCUGAGACAAGGCUAUGGGAAGCCGGUGGACUGGUGGGCUAUGGGCAUCAUCCUCUACGAGUUCCUUGUGGGCUGUGUGCCUUUUUUUGGAGACACACCAGAGCAGCUGUUCGGACAGGUCAUCAGUGACGAGAUCAACUGGCCUGAGGGAGAGGACGCCCCACCUCCUGACGCUCAGGAGCUCAUCACCUUGCUGCUCAGACAGAAUCCUCUGGAAAGGAUGGGCACAGGUGGAGCUGCUGAAGUGAAGCAGCAUCAGUUUUUCCACAACCUGGACUGGAAUAGCCUGCUGAGGCAGAAGGCUGAGUUUAUUCCUCAGCUGGAGUCUGAAGAUGACACCAGCUACUUUGACACUCGCUCUGAGAGAUACCAUCACCUGGAGACAGAGGAAGAGGAUACAAAUGAUGAAGACUUCAAUGUGGAGCUGCGGCAGUUCUCCUCAUGUUCUCACAGAUUCUCUAAGGUUUAUAGCAGCCUUGAUUUGUCCCGAGGGCACCUGGAGGAGAAGGGAGAGACAGAGGGGAAGAAGAGUGACAGCCCACUGACUGUUGACUCUCUCAGCUGGACGCCAGACUUUGCUGAAAUGCCUUCGCUGUCCCACUCGACAGACACUGACGGUGUCAAUCAGGCCCCUCGUCCCAAUUUAUUACCAAAGUUUGCCAUCUCGGCAGAGAGUGAAGGAGACGAGACCUCAGGCCUCGGUGACCCCAGCAAGGCGUCCUUCUCCAUCGGAGAGCUCCUGCAGGAUGAGCCUGACGCUACCACUCCAGGCAGCACCCACAGUGGAGCCACACUCUCUGGAAGUUUCUCAGAACAUCUGGACCAGUUGACACCCAGAGGUGAGGGGGUGGAGAGCCCCGACAGUACCAGUCAGACCUCCGCAGACCAGGGGGCUCAGACCACCUCUCUGCGGCCUGAGAGUGCUGCAGAGAAGACUGGAGCUGUGGCAAAAGUCCCGAAGUCUGUCUCAACUGGUGCCCUGUCCCUUAUGAUCCCUGGGGAUAUCUUCGGGGUGUCUCCGCUGGCCAGCCCCCUAUCUCCUUACUCCCUCUCCUCAGACCCCUCUUCAAGGGACUCCUCUCCAAGCCGAGACUCCUCCCUCUGUACCACCAACCCACGGCAGCCUGUGGUCAUCCACAGCACAGGGAAGAAGUUUGGCUUCACACUGAGGGCAAUCCGUGUGUACGCUUGUGACGGUGACAUCUACACUGUCUACCAUAUGGUCUGGAAUGUCGAAGAUGGUGGGCCUGCACAUAAAGCAGGACUCAAAGCUGGAGACCUCAUCACUCAUGUGAACGGAGAACCGGUUCACGGUCUUGUGCACACUGAAGUAGUGGAACUCCUGCUUAAGAGUGGUAGCAAAGUGGCCAUAUCCACAACCCCCUUUGAAAACACUUCGAUAAAAACUGGUCCAGCCAGGAGGAACAGCUAUAGGAGCAAGAUGGUCAGAUGUGCCAAAAAGCCCAAGAAGGAGAAGACACCAGAAAGGCGACGCUCCAUUUUCAGACGUUUUGCCAUGCAGCCUUCUCCUCUCCUGCAUACAAGCCGCAGUUUCUCCUCUCUGAACCACUCCCUGUCAUCUGGUGAGAGUCUCCCUGGCUCCCCUACCCACAGUCUCUCCCCUCGUUCCCCUACUGCCGCCUUCCGCCCCGCACCAGAUUUCACCCAGUCAGGUGGCAACUCCUCCCAGAGUAGCUCUCCCAGCUCCAGCGCUCCAAACUCCCCUGCAGGUUCGGGCCACAUUCGUCCCAGCACUCUCCAUGGCCUCGGCCCCAAGCUGCCAGGUCAAAGGCUUCGUCAGGGGCGCCGCAAGUCUGCCGGUAGCAUUCCCCUUUCUCCUUUGGCUCGCACACCCUCACCUACCCCCCAGCCAACAUCUCCUCAGCGCUCACCUUCUCCCCUUCUUAGUGGGCAUUCUGUUGCCAUUUCCAAGACAACACAAGCCUUCCCAACCAAAAUACAUUCCCCACCCACAAUUGUACGGCACAUUGUGCGCCCCAAAAGUGCUGAGCCACCUCGCUCACCCCUCCUAAAACGUGUCCAAUCUGAGGAGAAGCUGUCCCCCUCUUACACAGGAGAUAAGAAGCACCUGUGUCCCAGAAAACACAGCCUGGAAGUGACCCAAGAGGAGGUGCAGGAUGAGGAACUGAGGCCUGGGGAGCGGGAUUACACCAUCUUGCAGAGUCUGGAAGAAACAGCCUGCGAGCCGCCGGCAGUCACCCGUGUACGACCUGUUGAGCAGGGCUGCUUAAAGAGGCCCGUCAGCCGCAAGAUGGGCCGGCAGGAGUCUGUCGAGGAACUUGACAAGGAAAAGCUGAAGUCCAAGAUGGUUGUGAAGAGACAGGACUGGUCAGAGAGGAGGGAGUCUCUACAGAAGCAAGAUGCCCUGCGUGACUCUGACUCAUCCCCCUUGUGUGGUGAUGACAGGGAUGAAAGUUUUGUGGCCAGGGGCCAAAACAAAAGCAGCCCAGACUCUGGCCCCCUGGAGGCCAAAGCUGCUAGCACAACCCUUAAAGAUGUGCUGUAUAAGAAACUCACCACACGUGUCUCUGAGGGCAUCGCUGAAACAUCUGGUGGCAGCGGUGACAGUGAAGGAGGACUCAGAUCAACUCUCUGCUCUAUUCACCCAGAGUGGCAGCACUCCAGACAGGGUAAAGAUAAUAUGAAGCCAGAUAGAUUGGACUUCAAAGCUCCCAACAUCGAGUUCACCAGGAAGAGGCUGUCGUUUGAAGAACGAGAAGACUGCAUGUGUCGGUUGUCUUCCGGCAUCCAUGAGAACCUGCACUUUGGCUCCACCAGGUCUAAGAGCCUCCAGCUGGACACGGCCAUGUCUCAUGACCACAUGAAGGCAGGACUGGGAAGUGUUCACUCCAGCCCUGAAGGUCUGGCCCCCAAGCUUUUCUGCGGCAGAGGAGAGAGCGCUGUGGAAAAACUCCAGCUCAUCUCCUCUGCAGAGUCUUCACUUCGAAAGACGUCAUCUGAAUAUAAACUUGAAGGACGCCAUGUCUCCUCUCUCAAACCUCUGGAGGGCACUCUGGAUAUUGGUCUGCUCUCAGGGCCCAGAGUCUCCAAAACAGAAACCUGUUUAUCCAAGAUGGCGGAGAACACAAGCGACACUGUUUCUGUGAGCCAUCCAAUUUGGCUCCAGACCCCUACCGAGAGACAGAUAACCAUCCCCCAGCUGAAAACUGCAGACAAGCUGAAGAGCCCCCUGACUUCUUCCCCAAGCCCUGAAGCUGUUUCCUCUCUAAAUAACAUAGUUGCCUCCAAAGAUCAGUCAAAUAAUGCAGCCACAGAGGUGAAAAUCAGUACAAGUGGUGAGAAAACACAUGAUAGACAUAGUGAAUCAUUGAAGGCUCAAACCAGUAAAGUGGAGGCCUCAACCUUUAUUGUUAAACAAGAGAGCAGGACGGGUAUGAAGUCCAGUUCAUCACUGGCUCAUGAACAUAGAGGCCCUCGACACAGCUCCCAUUUCUCCUCCUGUGGAAAAACACCCUCAAUACGGGAAGUCAGCAAUGAAGAUCAGGAGGAUGAAGUGGAGCAGCAGGAAGUCACACCACACACUACAUCACAAAAUACUGACAGCUCCAAGACAGUGGUCUCUUUGAUUUCAGCAAAGCUGGAGGUAGACAUAAAAACUGCGAAGGCUACAGCUGCCAGUGAGCCGUUACCUGUGUCACUGAAGCAGAGUGUAAACUGUGGUGUGGAUACAGGUCUGCGUCAGAGCUGUGAGAAGAAAACAGCUACUGCACAGAACUCAAACAUGACCUCUGUUUCUAAGGUGACUGUACAGAACAACUCGUCUGUACGGGUUCCAGAGAAUGUGCUUUCAGUACAGCAGCCGUUGAACAUCUGCUCUUCAAGUACAGAACAACAGGUUUCUAUCACAACAUCAGCAUCUCGUUCUGCACAUGAAGAUAAAACCUGCAGUUUCAAAUCCAAAGGUGUGGACUGCUCAGAAAGAUCUGUUAGUAAGGACAGUGUACAAUCUAACAGAUCAGCUGUGAAAGUGGUCGGUGAUACAGGCAACUCGAAGAAUGAAAUCAACACAUGUGUCACAGUUGCAAAACUGGAGGCAAACCCAAAAGUGGAGCAGAAGAGAAAAGUUUCUACAGUAAAUAUGGUCACCUCAUUAAAUAAUGUUACAGAAGUCACGCCGAGCGUGAAUAAAAAGGAUAAAACUGUGUCUGUUGGUGCAGUAGAUGGUAGUAGCAUAUUGCUGCAGAAAAAAGAGGAUCCCAUAUCACCAAAGACAAAGAAUAAAGGCAGUGUGAAAGAUUCAGAGCAGCUAUCAACCAACUAUCCAGCUGAAAAAGCACAACGCAAAUCAUCUGAUUCAGAAUAUUGGACCUCUAAAGAAGAAGAAUCUGUUGUCAGUGUGAAAGAAAAGACUGCGAUCCCUUCAGCAAAACAGAAAUGUUCAGCUUCAGCAACUGUAAAUGAAAAUGUUUUGAGUCCCAAAAGUAAGUCAAGGCCUGACCCACAACCUGUAGCACACACUGCUGUGAAGACAGAGAAUGAGACAAAAACACUUGAAGUGAAAUGUCACAGUACAGCUCCUCCUGUCCCAGUAGUCAAGGGCAGUCCCAUUUCAAGAGAUCUGUCUAAAGAAUCUGCGCUCUCAACUUCAACCAUUCAAGUAACCCAUGACUCUAAACAGAAAGAAGUCUUGUUGCCAUCCACUGGAGUUGACGUAACGCGGGAGGAAUUGGUGACGCAUUCACCUGCUCUUGCUGACGUGAAGCAAAGAGAAACCCAGCCCAAAAGCUCUGUAGCAACCUCAGCUCAUAUAGUAAAAGAAAACACUGACUCAAAGCCAAAAUCUCUCCCUCCUAAAACUGUUCCUUCAUCGUCAACUCUAAAGACUUCUGUAGCUCCAACACCACUUAAACAAAGUCUUGAUGCCAAGCAUAAAGACCCCCCACCCAAAAACCAAGCCCCAGUCAUUAACAACCAUCAUGACUCAAAGCCAACACAUGUUGCUUCACCUCUUACUGCACCUCAACAUCAGCUGCCAUCAGAUGUUCCCUCCCAGCCUGAUCCACCACCAGUGCUGCCGAAACCUGCAGUGAAAAAAGAAACGCAUUCACCAAGCGGUGGAGCUGUCUCAGGCCGAAUCUCCAGCUGUGCACCCCAGGAGACUGUAGUCAAGGUAUCCAAGGAAGGCCCCAGGUCUGAAACGCUCAAACUGGACAGUCACAAGGGCCCAGAUACCACAAUCACCACACCUGACAAACAGGUGUCCUCUGGCAAGAAGGAACAGGCUGAGAGGAAGAAAAAAGAAACUGUUCAAGAGGUCACAUCUGCACAGAAAAACACGAAAAGAGACGCAUCCAGAGCUGCGUCCUCUGCACUGAAAGACAGUUCAGACAAAGACACUGGCAGGUGCAAGCAACAGAGGGAGUCACCUCGUAGUUCUAGUAACAAAAAGUAAAGAGGGGAAGUGAAAAUAGCAGCUGACAUUAUUGUUUCAGAGAAUCCAGAUGUAAUAAAAUGUUACCGGGCAAGCUGUUACGUGCUGAUAGAGAGGUAGGUGUGUUAAAUAAGAUGACAACACGUGUAAAUGUUUCUAGGUCUGAAUGUAGGCAGUCAUUUGCUGAUAAUUUCUGGUAUUUUCUGAAGUUAGUGUUUUACUUUUUACGUCAUGUGAAUGUUUGGAAGUUUUGUUUCUGUUUAUCACAGAAUGCUUUUGUGCAAUCACUAUGUGAGGGGCAACAGGGAGUAGCCUUACAAAGGUUGUGAUGUACUGUAGAGUCAGUGCCAUAAAUGAUUUUGAAUUGCACUCUUACAUGGAGACUCAGAGGACCUGAUGUCGAGCUCUUUUAAUGCAGUAGACCACACAAUUUUGCUCAGCAAUUUAGCAGUUGUAUCACGAUUGUUUCUGUCAAGUAUAAUCAGAUUAUUUCUUGCUUUUCACCUAAAACUUAAAAAAAAAACUACAGAAUCAUCUCCCGGUUCUAGAAAUCCUAAAUUAGUGAAGGGGCCUUAGAAUUAUGGGAAAUAAAACUUGCUGUUCUUAGCAAGGUGUGGUGUUUAUUCACAUUCCUCUGACAUCUGUACAUAUAAUUUUGAUUUUUAUGCAAUAGGGUGUAAAUAUGAUAACACUGUAAAACGGGGAUACAUGGGCUUACAUGAUUGUUGUUUGUAUUAUAUGUAUAGAUUUUGCAGUGUGACUUGUUUGUAUGCUCAAUAUUAGAGUUUCAUGUUCUGCUUGAUAACUCUGUGGUCUAAAGUAAGCUACUGUGAUGUAUCUUGUCAAAGGCGUCCUCUUCUUUGUGACCUUUCACAUGUUUUCACAUGUUCCAAAAUUAACUUGAAGAGUGAGAGGAAAAGGCAUGAGGGGGUAACUGAUAUAUUUCUAAAAAUGUAGCAUUAUGUAACAAAACUGUGAGGGCUGUCAGCGUUUCCCAAGAAUGUCUUUGUUGUCGAUGAUGGCUGACUACGGUUUGAAAAGUGAUGACUGUGUAAAAUAUGAAAUAUUGUGUUUUGAUUAAUGAGAUGAACCAGCAAGUCUGCCUAUGUUUGCCAAUAAGGCUUUGGGCAUAAGGUAAAUCGUGUGCGUAAGAUAAAGUCCGACAGUGUUCACAUUCAAGUACACAGAGUGCUUCACUGUCAGGGUUUCAAAGGAUUUUCAUGUCAGGCUUCGGCCUCAGUGUUGUUCAAGUCAUGUGUGAGUGUUUGGAUCUCAAAGGACUCUUCAUAAUGAGCAGCAGCUAGCUUAAAGCUUCAACUGGGUAAAAAUUUUAUAUGAAGAAUCCUGAUUAUUUGCAUAGCAUAGUUCAUCUCCACAACAUACAUUUGAUGUUUAUGUGCAAAUACUUGGUACUAUACAUACAGGCUGCCAUAUAUACUUUCUGCAGUUUACUCACACACAAACACGUGUUUCUAUACUAUAGAUGCCUUUUUAAAUUGUAAACCCUAAAUGACAACCAGAAAGUAGCCUAGGACACUAAGUAUGUAAUGCAGUAUUCGCUCUGUUGUGCUGGCUAUGUCAAAACAAUAAUCUUGUCUAGUACAUAUACUCCAUGUUGACGAGUCAAAAUGAAAAGACUUCAUUUAACAUGACACAGAAUAUAGUUUAUCUAAAUGGCAUAUUGUAUCCAAGAAUGAAACUGAAACGUGAGAUUGAUUGCGGAGAUGUUAAAGAAUACGUGUUCUUGAACAUCUCUGCAUCUAAUGUUAAAAGAAUCUGAUGUUUACUUGCAUUAGAUAUAAAUGUAAAUGUAUUGCUAAUGUAUUCUGAGAGAAGAAACGCACCUUAAUGUUUGCCAAUAUUCAGUUCAAAGGGUGGAAAGAAGAGUAAAAUCGGAACUGAAAAUGGUUUAUGAAUUCCCCACUCGUCCUGACUUCAGAUUCAAAUGAAUCACUGAAUUUUAUUUGAAUAGUUGAACAUGUAUUUUCCCCCCCACACUUUUCUUUCCUGUGACAUUUAAGUCAUCAAAGCACAUUCAAUGUUUGUUUACAAAGCAUCAUGGAUGUAUAUUUUGUAUAUUGUUGAUUUGCCAAAUCUAUGUUCUGUGUCACAGAUAAUGUUGUUUAUAGUAGUGUGAGACUUUGCUCCCUUGCCACCAGGAUGUUUAAUAAGAAUUUGUUUGUGCAGUAAUCAAUGUCUUUUCAUGUCAGGUUCUUCUUUGUCUGCUUGUCUUUUCGGUUUGUUUGUUUUUUCUUCCUCUGUGCAAAACUAGUAUUAGAUGAACUUGCUUACGAUGGUUUGUCUUUUAGAAUAUGUGCAAUAAAAGUGUUUUGAGUUUUGUAUUUUGCCCAAGGAAAGCUCUAUGGAUGUCAUAGAUGUUGUAUAUUAAAACAGAUAUUUAUACUUCUAAUGUUGCGUAAUACUGAAAAUAAAAUGGGAUUAUAAAUUCA